AUGGUGCAGACGAAGCAACGGUGCUGUAUGAUCUUCCUGCAUACUCAUGCUACAGGAGGAAUCGAGGCUGAGUUUGCUGAAGAGGACAGCAGUGUAACAGCAGUCACACAGGUCGCGAAUUCCUCCCUGUUGCCAAUUGACAGCCACAUCAUCCCCCGCAAAAUCCUUUACAGGGACUUGGAUUCCGUCGGCAAUACAUAUGCCCCCGCCUUUGCCAGAAUCAACUCCAUUCAAGUCGCACCUGAUGGAUCGCAAGCAUCUUCAUCCUCUGACUGUACUGGAUGUUCCGGCCAAGAUGUCCGAUGGGCUCCAGCGUCCAGCCUCAUCCAUCCGUCUACUCUUGAAAGCAUGUUUCAGACUGUCUUCCCGUUGCAGUCCCUUCGCCUUGGACCUGGCCCGGUCAUACUAAAGCGCAUCGGUGAGCUGUUGGUCGGGCGGGUUUUCUGUGCGCUCAAGGCUCUCCAGCACAAGUAUGCACUAGGUGGCAACAGCAAUGACACCGUUCUCAUCAAUGAAGAUCAGCCGGAGCAGCCUAUCCUAGCGGACCCGGUAGCCUCGGCUGCAAUUACCACUCUUUUGGCAAAUCCUUCACGUAUUGUUGGGCUGAGUCCCGAUAUCCCUCCAUCUUUCCAUCAGCAGAAGAUGAUGAUAUUCAGCAUGGUCACCAGCGGGGUGGUCUGA